AUGAUAAGAGGUAACAUAGGCAUUGUUGCCAAAGUCCAGGUGUGUGAGGGAGCGGGAAAAGCUCGGGUCAUUUUAACUGGACUAGAAAGGAACACAGCGAUCCCCUCGCUAAACUGGUCGCCAAGUUCCCUCCUCGCCAUCCCGGGGUGCGGGAAAAACCCCCUCCCGCCCCGGGGCCCCGGCAGCACUCGGGAACGCCGGCACGCCUGGCUCCUUCCCACCCGCGAACCGAGCUCCCCCACAGGGCGGGCCGGGGCGGGGAAACAGGAGCGCGGCGCGAAAGGAUGCGGGCGACCCGGGAAGGGAGGAGGGAAACUUGGGAGGCUGGCGGGCGGUUUUAUUGUUUCCUUUCGCCCUCCUCCUCCCGCGCCUCGGCCCCAGCGUCACUGGAAAGCCGCCCGAGCCGCCCGGCGGCAGGUUAUUUAUAGCGCGGGCUGCGCGCGCGUCACGGAGCCCGGCCCGGCUGACGGGGCCGCUGACGCGCUUGGCCGCGGGGCCGAGUCCGCGGGGCUGCGCGCCGGGCGCCGGCGACAAUGGGCUUCUGUGUGUGCAGCUGCCGCCGCCGCCGCCGCCGGGGGCCUGGGGCCGGGGGCCGGGGGCCGGGGGCCGCGGGAGGGGGGCGGGCGACUCCCCGGCUCCCUUCUUUGUCGGCCGCGACCCCCUAAAGGUAACAGGCCUCUUUCGCUCCCGGCCAGGACCUGGGCCCUGUGGGCUUUUUCUUUUUCUAUUUUAUCAGUAAGUUCCCCUUGUCCCAGCCUCCUCUUUCACUUCCCGCGUUCCCUCUACCCCAAAAACCGCCCCAACAUGUCGAGAGAGGGGCAUCUACCCAGCCGCCCAGCCGGGGGCAACCACUUUGUGAGCCCCGGGGAGCGGGACCCGUACCAGGCGCGCCCAGCGGGGAAUGCGGUGACCGAGGGGCCGGGAGCGCCGGGCAGGCUGCGGACCAGCCCCCCACACUUCCACCUACACCUCUGGCGGGUUCGCGCCGUGGACGCCCCCGCCCUGCGGGAGGAGGGGCUGGCGCGGAUUUUAGGGACUUCCUGGGAUGCGGAGACCGGCUCUGAACCAUCCCCUUUCUGCUGCCGGGAGCUGGGGAAGCUCGCUGUGGAGCGUCUCGCACGUGGCAGGCAGGCAGAGAACUUGCUGCACCUUCUAGGAAAUUGCAAUCGAUUUGUAAUGCACUUUCGCUAAUUGGGAGUUCAAAAUUAAACUUUAAUAAAGCAUUUGUGUCGUCUCGUCUAA